AUGAGGACAAGCAAGAGAAGUGCUCCUGUCACACAGACACAGUCAGUUCACAGUUCUCACUGUAAAGAAGAAGCUGUCACCAAAUCAAAGUAUCAAUCUAGUGGGAAGGUCCAUUCUUUCUCUCGCAAGUUUCGUCAUUAUCUCUCUGUUGCUUUGCCUAUAAUAUAUGCCAUUCCAAUUUUCUCAACCUUUGCUUUGAUUUAUGUCACAGCAGAGUUGAUAUUUGCUAAUGAUGCAUGCUCUACACAGUGGGGUGAAAAUAAAAGCACAGUUAUAAAAGCAACAGUUUCUACAUACGUUGCUGAGUUCUUUAUCUUUUUGGGCUUUCCCAUAGCUGGUUGGCUAGCUGACACUAAAUAUGGACGAUUUAAAAUGCUAACAUUUAGUUUGUGGUGUCUGUGGUUUGGAUUGGUAUCUCUAACACUUGGAUCUGUGUUUUAUCCAGGCCUGUCAUGCAAUGAAAAUACAUUCCUCUAUUAUGUGGGACGUUUCAUCCUUUUGCCAUCUUCAAUAAUACUACUCGAAACAAGCAUUAUAACAUUUUUUCCAAACAUCUUGGCUUUUAUAGUUGAUCAAAUGGUAGAUUCACCAAACAGCAUUGUAGGUAGUGUUGUUCGUUGGUUUGCUUGGGCACUAUUUGUCUCAAUAUUUUUUGGUUAUCUAUUAGUGCUACCAUUCACUUUCAAACCAACUGAUGUUAUUGAGCAUUUUCCAAUUGUCCCGUUGUUAUGGACAGUGGCUUCAUCAAUGGCUCUUCUACUUCACUUCUUUUCACAAUCAAUCUACACCAAGACACUACCAAAUCCAAUGAAAAGCCCGUACAAGAUAAUUUAUGGUGUCUUGAAGUUCACAUACCAGCACAAAGUACCAGUCAAUCGUAGUGCACUUACUUACUGGGAAGAAGAUGCACCAAAAAGAAUAGAUAUUGCCAAAAGCAAGUAUGGAGGGCCUUACACAACAGAAAAUGUUGAAGAUGUCAAGACGUUUGGUCGAGUGAUGUUUGUUAUAUUAUGUCUUUGUAUUUAUUACUUAUCUUAUGCAAGCCUCUCUACACAAAUGCUGCCAUUUCUAGAACAUUUGCAAUACACCGAUGACUUGGAAUCAUCCAAAUGGAUCAUUUAUCUGUUAGAUCCACUCUUGCCAAUCAUCAGCAUUCCCAUUCUGGAAUUGAUUGUGCUUCCACUCUAUCCAAAGUUUGAAUACAUUCUUACAAAGUUUUUCAAAUCUAUUGGUAUUGGAGUACUUGCCCUGCUUGCCAGCACUAGUUCCUUUCUAAUAAUCGACAUUAUUGCACAUGUAGCUACAAAUGAUGAUGAUGAUGUCUGUUUCUUAGAUUGGUCAAACAAAAAUUCUACAAAAUCCAUUUCAUAUGCUUGGGUUAUAAUCCCAGCAUUAUUCCUGGGCAUAUCAGACCUAUUGGUGGCUCCAUCUGUCUUCACAUUCAUAUGCAGUCAAGCACCAUACAAUAUGAGAGGAAUGAUACUUGGAUUCUUUAUGCUCAUACAACAAGUUAUGUUUUAUUUUGGUGACCAGCUGGCAAUAUUUUUUACUAUUGGUGCACACAAGUUUCCAUUCAGUUGUGGUGCAUGGUACUGGGGAAUGCAAGUAAUUCUCAGCAUAUUGGCAAUAGUCUCAUUCGUAGUAGCUGCACGAUUUUACAAGAAGAGAGAAAGACAAGAAAUUGAUAACUAUGUAAGAAUAAUUGAGGACAUUUACGAGAAAAGAUUAGAAAAAGAUGAGGAACAAAGAUUGUCCAUUCUUACAGAAGAAAAUGUAAUCAACUAA